AUGAGCUUUGAGCGGCUGCAUGGCGGCUACCACAAGGGUGGCCUGCGUGCGAUUCAGGCGGCUGAAUCAACACUGACACCUGCCAACUUGAUGUACCCUCUCUUCAUCACUGAGGACGAUGAUGCCAGGGAAGCCAUUGGCAGCUUGCCGGAGCAAUUCAGGUGUGUGUGCGUGUUGAGCUACAGCGCCAAGUUCUGCUCUUGCUUCUACGGGCCAUUCAGGGAUGCUGCCAAGUCGGCGCCAAAGGACAAAGCGAGCCACCCGUCUGCCCCGAAAGACCGCGCCCGCUACCAGAUCCCGCCGGGCGCACGCGGCCUUGGCCUCAGGGCCGUGAAACACGAUGUGGAGGAAGGCGCCGACAUGAUCAUGGUCGAGCCAGGCAUGCCAUACCUCGACAUGCUGCGCGACUGCAAGAACGAGUUUCCGCACCUGCCGCUGUCGGUGUAUCAGGUGUCAGGGGAGUACGCCAUGCUGUACCACGCUGCCCAGGCCGGCGCCGUCGACCUCAGGGAGGGAGUGCUUGAGAGCAUGACAUCGUUUCGGCGGGCUGGUGCAACGCUCAUCAUCACUUACUUCACACCCCGCAUCCUCACCUGGCUCAAGGAAUGAGGCAGCUGUCGCCCCUCUCUUCCCACCCUCUCCACACGCACACACUCCUGUCUCUCUCUCCCCGUGUAUCUGUCGACCUUCUAAGGGUCAUGUUACUGUGAUAAACGAGUUCGAAUGA